CCGAGCAGGAAGGAAGCGCAGCGCCGAGCGGGCGAGCGAGCAAGGGAGCCGCGGACAGAGGGAGGCUUUCCGCCCGGGCGUCGGGGCUGCUGUGGGGCGAGCGAGGCAUGGGGUGGUCGGUGGGGCCGCGGGCGCUGCUUUGGGGGGCGCUGCUUUGCGGGGCGCUGGCCGGGCCGUGGGCGAUCGGGGCCGGCGGCUUGGAGGACGCGGCGGCGCUGGCGGAGCUGCUCCCCGAGGCCGGCGUCCGCUUCGGCUGGAGGAACCUCAGCUGCCCCGCCUGCAAGGCGCUCUUCCUGGCCCUCGACGUGGGCGUGCAGCUGCAGUCCAGCCGGGCCUGGAUCCAGCGGACAGGGGUGGCUGUCUGCCUCCGCCUCCGCCUGGGCACUCCCCGGGUGUGCCAGGACAUCAUCCGCCUCUUUGAGCCCGACCUCCUGACGGCCUGGCGCCGCUCGGUGCUGCGCCCGGGCGAGAUCUGCGGGCUGCUGGUGGGCUCCCGCUGCGGCCACUGGGACAUCUACUCCGACUGGAACGUCACCCUGCCGCGGGCACCCAAGCCGCCCGUCGUGCCCCCCGCCCCCCCUCCGCCAGGCGCCCCCUCCGCCCGCAUCCUCUUCCUCACCGACCUGCACUGGGACAAGGCCUACGUGCCCGGCAGCGACCCUGACUGCAAGGAUGCCCUGUGCUGCCGGGGGGGCUCCCCGUCUCGCGGGCCGGGGGCCGGCUUCUGGGGCACCUACGGGCGCUGCGACCUGCCCCUGCACACCCUGGAGAGCCUCCUGCAGCACCUGGCAGGAUCCGGCCCCUUUGACCUGGCCUACUGGACGGGGGACAUCCCCGCCCAUAACGUCUGGGAGCAGAGCCGGGCCGACCAGCUGGGGGCGCUGGGCACCGUCACGGCCCUCAUUCAGAAGCACCUGGGGCCGCUGCCUGUCUACCCGGCCGUGGGCAACCAUGAGACCGUGCCCGUCAACGCCUUCCCCCCGCCCUUCGUGGUGGGCAACCAGUCCUCUGCCUGGCUCUACGAGGCCAUGGCUGAAGCUUGGCGCCCCUGGCUGCCCCCCCAUGCCCUGGGGACCCUCAGGUUGGGGGGCUUCUACACCCUCCUGGUGCAGCCCGGCCUGCGCCUCGUGUCCCUCAACAUGAACUUUUGCUCCGACGCCAACUUCUGGCUCCUCAUCAAUUCCACGGACCCAGCCGGGCAGCUGCAGUGGCUGGUGGGGGUCUUGCAGGGGGCGGAGGAGCAAGGCGAGAAGGUCCACAUCAUCGGCCACAUCCCCCCGGCACACUGCAUGCGCUCGUGGGGGUGGAACUAUUACCGCAUCAUCAGCAGGUUUGAGGGCACAGUGGCCGGGCAGUUCUUUGGCCACACACACUUGGAUGAAUUUGAGCUGUUCUACGAUGAUGAGACCCUCUCGCGCCCGGUGGGCAUCGCCUUCGUGGCCCCCAGCGUCACCACCUACAUCAACCUCAACCCAGGCUACCGCGUCUACCAGGUGGACGGCCCCCGCCCUGGCAGCUCCUUCCAGGUCCUGGACCACGAGACCUUCAUCCUGAACCUGACGCUGGCCAACGUGCCGGGUGCCAAAGCCCAGUGGCAGCGCCUCUACGGGGCCCGCGAGGCCUACGGCUUGGCCAGCACCUUCCCGGCCGACUGGGACGCCCUGGUGGGGCGGCUGCAGACGGACGAGGGGCUCUUCCAGCGCUUCUGGUUCCUGAUGCACAAGGGCCGCCUGCCCCACCAGCCCUGCCAGGACCUCUGCAGAACCGCCCUGCUCUGCGCCCUGCGGACGGGCAAGGCCGACGACCCCAGGCUCUGCCGGGAGCACGCCCAAAAGAUGCCCUUUGCCGAGAUCCAGGCCUGGUGGAGGCAGCGCCAGCUCUGCUAGGAGCCACCCAGGAAGUGGGGGGCCCCAGACGGCCGCCCCACCUCUGCCCAGGAGCCCCCUAAGGAAAGACUGCUUCCUUCCGAGGGACUUUGUCGCAUGGUCAAACAGGAUCGGGGCCACGGCAGAGAGCGCCCGUGCUUUUCCGUGGAGGGAGCGGAGAUUGGGUGGCCGCCUGAUAGGGAUACUUGCACCGUGAUUCCUGCCUGGCAGGGGGUUGGGCUAGAUGACCUCUGGGGUCCCCUCCCAGCUCUGCAACUGGUGCCCUUGGCUUCUAAGGCUUCUGGACUUUGCCCUGGACACUCCAGCGGGGUGGUGGCCGGGACUGAGGACCCCCCCCCCUUUCAAACACCGGAGUCGCCGGUGAUUUACAUGAAGGAAAUGGGGGGGGUCUUCUCUCCCCCCCCCCGACACUCUUGCUUUGCCUUGUUAGGCCCCCCCCAGCAUCCUGCUGCUGCAGCUGGGUUGGCUUGGGGCCAGCAGAGUCCUCAUCGGAAGGAGGAUCACAGAAUCGUAGAGUUGGAA